AUUUCCCCAAACCUCUUGGCUGCUUGACUAGGCUGAAGCAUUAACUCAGAGAACCCACGCAGAAGACGAGCAUCCAAGUUCCCAGGCCCCAAUUAUUUGCCCAUCCCCUACUUUUUCAAAGCUAGCUAAGCAGGUAGACUAGGGUCAGAAUACCUUUCUCUGGGUUUCCUCAUCCCGUCAAUAGAUGGGGAAUUAAUUGACGCGAUGAGAGUGGUCCUUUAAAUCCUGCCCUGACGUCACCACCGGGAAUCCCCGCCCUCUCCGCCCAAGAUUCGGGCAGAAACGUUCGGAAGAAGCGCUGCGGCUGCUAGAAAGCUCCUUCGGAAACCCAGGUGUCUAUAAUGCUGUUGCUACAAAGAGUUGCUAUCUCUGGCCUUCGAGUUUCCAGGUUUGACAGGCUGAUUGUCCCAAAGCUAUGUCCACGUGUCUGCUUUACCAGUGAUCCCUCUCAUCUCCAAAGCCCCAAACCUCACGUUUCUAAUGGCGACACUCCUUCUGGAUACUGGGCAGCUGCAGGAGCACUGCUGGGCAUUGGGGCUGUACUGGCCUAUGGAAACCAUAGAGAAAAGGCUGCCCAAGCGUCACUACCCAUAUACACAAAGGCAGAAGUGAGCCGUCAUCGAAGUCUUGAGACACGGGUCUGGGUAACCUUGGGCUGUGAGGUCUUUGAUGUCACAGACUUUGUGCCCAUGCACCCAGGUGGACCAUCUAAAUUACUGCUUGCUGCAGGGGGACCACUGGAGCCUUUUUGGGCUCUGUAUGCAGCACACAACCAGCCACAUGUUCGUGAGCUCCUAGCUGAGUAUAAGAUUGGGGAGCUAAGCCCUGAUGAGGAGAGUUCUUCUGACCUAGUUGCCACUGACCCUUAUGCCGGCGACCCCCCCAGACACCCUGCUCUGCAGAUCAACAGCCAGAAGCCUUUUAAUGCAGAACCACCUCUUGAGCUCUUGGGUGAGAACUACAUCACACCCAGUCCUCUCUUUUUCACCCGAAAUCACCUGCCUGUACCCACCGUAGACCCUGCCACAUACCAUCUGCAAGUGGAAGGACCCCCAGGAGGUCAGACACUGAGUCUGUCGCUAGAUGAUCUCCGUGGCUUCCCCAAGCACCAGGUCACAGUCACCCUGCAGUGUGCUGGUAACCGUCGAAGUGAGAUGGCUCAAGUUAAGUCUGUAAAAGGAUUAAACUGGGGGGCAGGUGCCAUCAGCACAGCCCAGUGGGGCGGAGCCCGGCUCCGAGAUGUUCUGAUCCAGGCUGGCCAUUCACCCUCUGGCCCUGAAGCCCAUGUAUGUUUUGAAGGGCUGGACUGUGACCCCACAGGGACAACCUAUGGAGCCUCCAUCCCCCUAGCUCGGGCUAUGGACCCUGAAGGUGACGUUCUGUUGGCGUAUGAGAUGAAUGGGCAGCCACUGCCCCCUGACCAUGGUUUCCCAGUAAGGGUGGUGGUGCCUGGUAUAGUGGGUGCUCGCCAUGUCAAGUGGCUGGGGAAGGUGAGCAUCAGCCCUGAGGAAAGCCCUAGCCAUUGGCAACGUCGUGAUUACAAAGGCUUCUGUCCCUCAGUAGAUUGGGACAAAGUGGACUUUGACUCUGCCCCAGCCAUUCAGGAGCUCCCUGUCCAGUCAGCCAUCACAGAGCCCAGGGAAGGGCAAACAAUAGAGCCUGGAGAGGUGACUGUGAAGGGCUAUGCUUGGAGUGGAGGGGGUAGGGCUAUCAUCAGGGUGGAUGUGUCUCUGGAUGGUGGGCUGACCUGGCAAGAGGCAAAGCUGGAGGGGGAGGCACAGGCACCAAGGAGAGCCUGGGCAUGGCAGCUGUGGCAGCUUACAGCACCAGUGCCUACUGGGUGGAAGGAACUGAAUAUUAUUUGCAAGGCUGUGGAUGAUGGAUACAAUGUGCAGCCUGACACUGUGGCCCCUAUCUGGAACCUUCGAGGUGUGCUCACUAAUGCCUGGCACCGUAUCCAUGUCCAUGUAGCCCCAUAAGAACAAUUACUGCAGCCUUGACACCCUAUAAGCCAUCCUUCUCAGUCUCUUAGUCUUCCAAACUAUUUCUCUCUUGGACUCUUCCCUUUUCUAUAGACAUUCCAAAACUCCUCUCCUUUCUGGUUCUCAGACACAGUCUCUGGGGUAGCCCCACCCUCCCACUUCCACAAAUAUAUUUAAAUCCCUAACUACCUCCACACAUACACAUUUCCAUUCAUUCCUUCCUCCUAACUCCAAGGACCAGUAUUGAUGAUUUUCUCCAUAUUUAUUCCGUUGUGAUAUCUAACUCAUACUCAGUGAUCCUCUAGACUCUUCUCUGAGAUUGAGUUGAAAACUGUCUGGACAGAAGUUGGAACUGGACAGAAGUAUCAAUCAUCAUAAUAACACCAGCACCACACCACCUCUUUUCUCUCCAGUCUUUUAAUUUCUUUUACCAAUGGGGCCUUAUCUUGUCUUCGCUUUAUACAGAGCAAGCGUGUAUAGAGGGACAUGUGCUGCUGUUUAUUAUCUGCCCCCAGCUCCCUGGGUGUAGGGGACUGUGAAGAAAAAAGGGGGAUUGUAACCUCUUCUUAUUUUUCUAAUUAUAUCAAUAAAGUUUCUGUUUAUUCUCCCGCCUCUUGCCUGGGCAAGGAAGGGAGUAGGAAAGGAAAUAUGAGUUGGGAGGCUGUACUAACAUGUGAAUUCUGUACAUGGGAUGAGGGGGCUGCUAUAUGGUCGCAACAAAACUGGGAACAAAGGAGAUGCCCAAUAAAUUGAAUGUAAUGGAA